AUGGGUUGGGGGUGGUGGUCAUCAUCCUCUAGCAGCAAUAAUCAAAAUGGGCAGCCACAAUCACAACAGCCAGACAUUCUACAACAACCAUCAAUAUCAUCAUCGCAGCCAGAGCCAAAACCCAGGCGGCAAUUAACGCGCGAAGAACAAGCCGAUGCCGAACUACGCGACUUUCUCAAAAGCCUCGAGUCCUCCGUGACACCUCCCUCACCACCUUCCUCACAACCAUCGCAAGCACCAUCAUCAACAACCACAACUACAUCACCAACUUCCCUCGAAUCGAUACAAUCCGAAACCCCUUCCUCCAUAGCCCCCGACUCUCUCUACCCGGACACCAUGUCCUGCCGCUCCGCCUUCGACUACGCCUUCUUCUGCCAAUCCUUCGGCGGGCAAUGGGUCAACGUCUACCGCUACGGCGAAUUGCGGUCUUGCAGCGAACACUGGGAAAACUUCUGGCUGUGCAUGAAAGCGCGCGGCAUAAAAGAUGACAAUACCAGUAAGGAAAUGAUUAGGAACCAUUAUCGCAAGAAAGCGAUAAAAUAUAAGACGGGUCCGAGUAGUGAGGAUGUUUGGGAGGUUCGGAUGGAGCCGUUGAAGGGCGCGUUUUCGGGGGAUUUUGAGAAGAUGGAGAGGGAGAUGAAGCUCGCUGAGGAGCAGCAACAGCAGAUGCCGGAGAGAGAAGUCAGUCCUAAAUGA